GGAGGGAGAGGAAGAGGGGGUGACUUGCAGGAUCUUAUCGAGUGUAAUUGCUGCUUCAGCGCUGUCAUUUACAGCCUGUGCCAGACUGCAGUGGAGAGUGUUUUGGCCAUGCUGUGUGCAGCACCAAGGAACAAAGUGUGUGGGCUUGCAGCGCUGAUCCUGGGCCUGCUCUCUCUGGCUCACAUUCUCACAGCUUCAGAGCUGCUCGAGUGUGAGGAGAGCUUCUACAGAAACACCCCCCCACAGCGGGUCACUGAGUCGGGCCUGGAGAAGAGAUGCCACCGCCUGGGAGCCGGGCGCACUUUCGUUUCACUCUAUCACCCUGGACAACAGGCUAAUGUCUACACGGCUCUGCGCUUAGGCCAGCACAAUGCAUGGGGCAAAGGAAUAAACGAGGAGUUGGAUGGACCAAGUGAGACCAAAGUCCUUGGAGAAGAGUCCCAUGUGCAUGUCCCGGCUUUGUACAAGAAGGACCAGGAUGUCGCGUCGUCAAAUGCAGCUUCCCCUUUCCACAAACUAGAUGCUCUUACUGCAGAGCUGGUAGAGAGCAAGACCGUGCCACAGUGCUCUGAGGCAGGGGGGAGUGUUUAUGUUCAGAGUGGCGUGGGUGGGCUGAGUGAGACGAAGGCAGAUGUGUUGUGGACGGCAGUGUGCUGCGAUGUUCCUGAUGGACCGAACAGCUUCAGUAUGGGAAUGAUCCAGGAGGGUGAAGGGGAGCUGAAAUUGUUGAGCGUAAAGGAGCUGGAGGAACUGCUGGACAUUAAGGAGCUUUUCUCAAGUGGGUGUGGAGAAACAGGAAGUCUGGAAGAAGAAGAAGAAACAGCAGCAGCAGCAGCACCAGAAAUAAUUGAAAUUCCUGUUGAAGACACACACACAGCUGAGAUGGACAAAAGCAGUGACGAGGAUGAGGUGCCCAGCACGACAGCAGAUAGAACUGAGUCUGAACCCAACGUGGAAGAAAGCAUUAAUGAAACAGAAAGCUCUGAGUCUGAAGAGGACAGUGUUCUUCUCUACAUCCUGUCCUCCACCAUCUCUCUCCUGUGCGCUCCACUCUGUCCAGUUGUCUCCACCCUCACCAACCUCCCCUCACAAAUCUGCUACGUCUUGCAAGAGGAUGCGGCCGUGCUAGCAUCGCUGCCCAGCGACAGCUUUAGUCUGGUGCAGAACCUGGGUUCUGGUGUAGUCUCGGGUGUUAAGAAUGUAGGCAGUGUCGCAUACCAAGUGGGUGAACAAGGUGUGUGUUCACUCUAUACAUUUUUAAGCACGUUAGCAGGCACCCUCAUGCUUUCAUGCCAGGAGGGACUGGAAGGGACAGGAACGCUAAUGGGUGAUGUUCUGGGGUUGGUGACCGGUACACUGGGUGAGGUUUGGGACUAUGGCACAGAGAUAGUACGCUGCAUGUACCAGGGACUUGGUGGGUACAUGGGUACCGUGGGCUCAGAGGUGGGCGAACAGGGCUGGUCAAUAGGUCAAGGGAUAGGCACGCUGGUCUGGAGGGGACAGAGAGGACUUGGGCAUGUGAUUAAUAUGGUGGUGGGCAUCGUUGGAGGAGUGUUGGGAAACACCGUGGAAAACAUACAGGAAGCUUUCAGAGGGGAGUGAGAGAACGGGAGGUAUUUUUUGUGCAUGAGUGCAUGGAUCUGGCGCAAGCUUAUUUAUACUACAUUAUAUCAUAGUCAGUGUCUUGUUGCUCCGUACAAAAACGUUUAUGUGGAUUGGAACUAGGUUUAUUUAUGAUGCACAAUUCAGCUUUUAAAGUGCCAUUCCACCAUUGGAUGUAUUCUUUGGCAUAAAAUACAAUAUAUUUUAUGACAACAUGACUAGACAGAGAAAUC